CAUGCUUCACCGACUGAGCUAAAGAGCUCUAGUGUUAGGAGGCGAGAGAAAAGACAACGCUUCUAUCCAAUUUAGCCAUGAAUUUGCCUAGUCUCCAUCCGAAGUGGUGACCGCCCUUUGCCUCUUGCGAGAGUGAAAGGUAACUCCAGUAUUUGCUGAGAGAAAGCCCUCUUUUUAAAAAGUGGAAGGGCUGGUGGGGACGAAGAGGCUGGGGGGCGAGGCCUUCGGGAAAGAGGCGCGGCCGCCGUGGGGCUGGGCGGUUCUUAAGCGCGCGGCUUCCCCAUCGCGGGCGCGUCGGCUUCUGCUUCUGCUCUCGGACCGUGAAACCGUCGGGGAGGCGCAACAACUGCUGUUUUCCUGCUUUGCUGCAGCAACUGCACGGGGCAGAGACCUUUCCCCUCCCCUUGCCGGGCAUUUUUGUGGGGUGCGUCCCGCCCGAGGACUGCGUACAGGCGAGAGCCAUUCUGGAGAUGCUCCUGGCCCCCGAAGAGGCACUAGCGAGCGCGCAGGAGCUGCCGGGCUGCUGAGAACGCGCCGUCGAGGGAACGUCGGAAGGCGGCAGGCAGAAUGGGCUGCAUGAAAUCCAAAGAAAUCAACCUCAAUAAAAAAGUCCCAGGAACUCGUCAGAGCUUGGGUGAUCCAAAUAAUUACAUACCAGACCCCACUAACCUUGGUCCAGCACCCAGCAGACCGAAGCCGCCCGCAACCGAUGGAACAGAGGAGUUUAUCGUUCUGGCUCUUUACGACUAUGAAGCCAUCCACAAGGAAGACCUGAGCUUCCAGAAGGGCGACCAUCUCAAAGUCCUAGAAAACUCGGGCGAGUGGUGGAGAGCCAAAGCCCUCUCGACAGGCCAAGAGGGUUAUAUCCCCAGCAACUAUGUCGCCAGAGUCAACUCCCUGGAGACGGAGGAGUGGUUUUUCAGAGGCGUCAGCAGGAAGGAUGCUGAGCGGCAGCUGCUGAGCCCUGGGAACGUGAUAGGCUCCUUCAUGAUCCGAGACAGCGAGACAACCAAGGGAGGAGGCGCUGACAGCGACAGGGAGGUUAGAUGGCCAGGUUCCUGCCUGGUGCUUGAGGACAAGUCUUGCCCAGCGCCUGAGGACAGGUCCUGCCCUGCCAUCUGUAUCUCUUGCUUGAGCAGGAUGUUCUUCCGCAAGGACCACAGGAGAACCCAAACGGCCACUUGCAAUCUUCCCCAAUUCCUGGGUUCUUACUCCUUGUCUGUGCGAGAUUUCGACAACCAGAAGAAAAUGGAGACAGUGAAGCAUUACAAGAUUCGGACGCUGGACAGCGGCGGCUUCUACAUUUCUGCCCGGAACACCUUCAGCAGCCUGCAAGAGCUGGUCAGCCAUUAUAAGGGGCAAACUGAUGGUCUGUGUCAAAAGCUGACUUACCCGUGUAUCGCUCCGAAACCUCAGCAGCCCUGGGAGAAAGAUGCCUGGGAAAUCCCCCGCAGCUCUCUGAAACUGGAGAAGAAACUGGGAGCUGGGCAAUUUGGAGAAGUCUGGAUGGCCACCUACAACAUGCACACAAAAGUGGCCGUCAAAACCAUGAAGCCAGGGAGCAUGUCUGUGGAAGCCUUCCUGGAAGAGGCCAACAUCAUGAAGACCCUGCAGCACGACAAGCUGGUCAAGCUCCAUGCCGUCGUGACCAAGGAGGAGCCCAUUUACAUCAUCACCGAAUACAUGGAGAAAGGUAGUUUGCUGGAUUUCCUGAAGAGUGACGAGGGUCACAAACAGCAGCUCCCUGUAUUGAUAGACUUCUGUGCCCAGAUUGCAGAAGGCAUGGCUUUCAUUGAGAAGCGAAACUACAUCCACCGGGACUUGAGAGCUGCCAACAUCUUGGUCUCAGCCAUGCUGGUGUGCAAGAUUGCCGAUUUUGGCUUGGCUCGGGUGAUUGACGACAACGAAUACACAGCCCGGGAAGGUGCCAAGUUUCCCAUCAAGUGGACUGCGCCCGAAGCCAUCAACUACGGCUCCUUCACAAUAAAGUCUGACAUCUGGUCUUUCGGGAUCCUCCUGAUGGAGAUCAUUACCUAUGGGCGGACCCCAUACCCAGGGAUGUCACACCAGGAAGUGAUCCGUGCCCUAGAGCGCGGCUAUCGGAUGCCACGCACGGAGGGCUGCCCAGAGGAGCUCUAUGAAGUGAUGAUGCAGUGCUGGAAACGCAAGCCUGAGGACCGCCCGACGUUCGAGUACAAUCAGAGCAUCCUGGAGGACUUCUUCACUGCCACCGAAAGCCAGUACCAGCAACAGCCUUAAAGGAGACGGAGAACCAGACAGCAGAGUGGGACAGUCACUGCAGUACGAUGCUUGAGAGAGAGCCAGUGUUUGAUGUCAAGAUCCCCCUGUGGCUUAGGCAAAAGUAGCUGCCUCCAUCUUGGGAGCUUACAAGGAACAUUUUAUUGACUGCUGUUGGGAGACGGGACUGUACUUGAUGGACCCUCAAGACGAUCCAACAUAAGCAAUUGUUGUGCUCAUAGCUUAAAUGCCUGUAAAAAAACUGCGUUCAGUAGAUGCCAAUUCUGCUGAAGCAUGCCAUGCACU